CAUAUCAAGCCUAUCUUCCCUUCUCCACGUAACGUUCUAUCAGAUCAGCGUGCUCUGGAAUCGCCUUGGAAAUGGCCUGAUUAUCUACUGGAUUGUACUGGAAUGAAAUUCAUGAUUAUUGUACAAGUAAUAGACCAUCCAAUCUGGAUGCUGCCGCCUAGUCUCCCUAUAGACGAAUGGAAAUGGGUUUUCCUUCUUAGCAGGUGUCUGUAACUCGUGACAGAACAUGCACGACAACCAAUGAAGUAAUCCGGUCGAAGAUGCUCAGGCUGUGCUGUCAACGUAAAACAUGCAGCCGACCCCCAUAUAACCCUGAAGGCUCAGCAUCUCGGUUUAUUUCUUUUCUCUUCAGUCCUUUCCAGUGCUAUGAGGUCGUUUUUGCUCCUUGGCUUUUUAGUCAUCUUGAACACCGCAAACGGGGUUCACCUUGAACUGCAUGGCAAGACUGGAAUUUCUAGGUCCAAGCUUCAGAGAAGGACAAGCAUCAGCGGCCUCGAAAGCACUGUGGAAGAUGACCAGAAUAUCCAGUACAUGACAAACAUCACCUUGAAUGGACAAUUGCUCGGUGUUCUGAUCGAUACCGGCAGCUCAGAUCUCUUUGUAACAUCUCAGGUUCCUGGUGCUGUUGACGAGCACUACCAGGCUGAAAUUGGCUAUGCCUCUGGAGGUGCUGCUGGGGAAGUCUUAUCAGCCACGAUGGAAUUCGCCGGGUAUCAGAUUGACGCCCAAUAUUUCAUAUUUGCUAACUCGACGGAUGGAUUUACACAAUCCGUCGAUGGUCUCGUCGGCCUUGGGCCAUACACAGGCUCUGUGAUUAGAUUCAUCGGUGGGACAGCGGCUGCAGACCCUCCUCUCGACCGAAUCUUCCGCUCUAACGACACCAUAUCGAACUUCGUCGCUAUUCUUCUCGAUCGCUCUGACGACCCUGACGAACCUUAUCCAGGCGACCUUGCUAUCGGAGAAGUCUUGACUGAAUAUGAGGAUAUUCAGACACAACCUCAACACCCAGUCACGUCGGUCAUGGUGCCCGGGAAUCAGCAUUGGAUGACAUUACUUGACGAAAAUGGGAUCAUCGGUCCAGAUGGCAAACCUAUUACCAUCAAGACUCAAGUCACUGAUACACCCUAUCCUAAUAACGCGACUGUCGUCUUUGAUACAGGUUUCACGUUCCCCCAAGUUUCUUCUCACGUUGCCGAGGCGCUCUAUGGUAACGUUCCCGGCGCCUCUUUAACGAACAUCGCGGGUUUAGGAGAAAUCUGGGCAUUGCCCUGCGACCAAGAGCUUAAUGCCACAUUUUUGUUCGCUGGAAUCAAAUUCCCUAUUCACCCACUUGAUCUCAACUUUGAUAUGGGCGAGAACCAAUGUGUUGGAGCUUUCCAACCAUUCUCGUACGAUGAUACGGAGGAUGGCGUGGUGAUGUACGAUAUGGUCCUCGGCAUGGCCUUUUUGCGCAAUGCAUACCUUCUGAUUGAUUUCGGUUCUUUUGUCGACGGGGCACCUCCUGGCACCAAUGCCCCGUACAUACAAUUGUUGCCAAUCACUAAUGCUGUCAAUGCCUCUGCGGAUUUUGCACGAGUGCGCUUGGCCAAUGGCUCAAAUGUCGAUGACCUCGCUUCGCUGGCCUCACAUUCUUCCACGACCUCGACCUCGACUACGACCACCACGACCACGACAUCAAACGCCAGGCUGUCACCAUGGGUGAUUGGUAUUAUUUUCGGCGCUGUUAUUUCGGUUUUUCUUCUGGGCAUCUGCGUAUACUAUUGCUGCCGUCGCCGUCGCUUGCAGCGCGUUUCUUCUACGCAAGCUACGUGGGUUCCUUACGCACCCCAGAGCUACCGUCCACUCUACGACCCCUCGCCGCAAGGAGCAUAUGAUAUGCAUUUGGCGCCUAAUGCGAACCCAGUUCACGUUCCUGAAUACAGAAGUGCUUGGGAUGCACACUACUGAAUGUACCUGGCCCGAGCGGGCUUGGGGUCUUGUACUGCCUCAUUUUCCUGUGAUACCAUUUUGGUUAUGCGCUAGGCUUUCUCCAUCUGGACACUACUUAUCACUGCACGGCAUACUUAUAUACGAUGACUGACAUGAACAAUCGACUGACAAGUCACCUACUUUUAUGAAUUGAUGUCCAUUGUUGAAUACCUCUCAUAAUGGUGGCUUACAUCGAGAGAGUAACCAUUCCAGUCUGUUCUUGUAGUCAGAACAUCAAAACCUAGUCCAAGAGUCUAGCCUAGUAAGGUUCGCCCGGU